CGGGGGCUCCUUCCCUCCUUUUAUCCCUCCCUUGCUCCCUCCCUCCCCUCCUGUGGGGCCAUAUUCUGCUCGGGGAGCUGCUCCCCUCAGCGAGGAGACCCUCGCCCACCGUGCCCGUGGUUCCAUCCCUCCCUUGGGGUUGAGGGGGUGCAGAUGUGCUUCUCCUAAGACCAGCCGAGCGACAACAGAAACAAAAUGACGACUGUGAGGUACGAACAAGGGUCGGAGCUCAAAGAAGCCUCAAGCUCUCCAACAGCAGAGGAGCCCACAAUAAAGAUAGAUGAUGGUCGUGACGAGGAUAAUGAACAGGACAGCUGUUCCAAUACUAUUAGGAGAAAAAUUUCCCCAUUUGUGAUGUCGUUUGGAUUCAGGGUAUUUGGAGUUGUGCUUAUCAUUGUGGACAUUGUUGUUGUGAUUAUGGAUCUGGCUAUCUCUGAGAAGAAAAGGGGCAUUAGAGAGAUUCUCGAAGGCAUUUCCCUGGCUAUAGCACUCUUUUUCCUCGUCGAUGUUCUCAUGAGGGUGUUUGUUGAAGGCUUCAGGAACUAUUUCCGGUCCAAACUGAAUGUUUUGGAUGCAUUCAUAGUAGUGGGCACUCUGUUAAUUAACCUGACCUACUCCUUCUCAGACCUCGCUGCGACGGAUCAGAUGCCAAGAAUGGUCGCACUCUUUCGAGUUCUGAGAAUUGUCAUCUUAAUUAGAAUAUUUCGCCUGGCCUCCCAAAAGAAACAGCUUGAAGUGGUGACCAGGAGAAUGGUCUCUGAAAACAAAAGGCGUUAUAUGAAAGAUGGCUUUGAUCUGGAUCUCACUUACAUUACUGAUCGUGUUAUUGCAAUGUCAUUUCCAUCUUCUGGGAAGCAGUCUUUCUACAGGAACCCUAUAAAGGAGGUUGCAAGAUUUCUGGACACCAAGCAUGCAGACCAUUAUAAAGUCUACAAUCUCUGCAGUGAAAAAGGCUAUGACCCCAAGUACUUCCACUACAGGGUGGAAAGGAUUUUCAUCGAUGACCACAAUGUCCCAACAAUACGGGACAUGCUGAAGUUCACUGCCAGUGUCCGUGAAUGGAUGAGUCAAGAUGAAAAGAACAUCAUAGCAAUUCACUGUAAAGGAGGCAAGGGUAGAACUGGAACAAUGGUCUGUACUUGGCUAAUAGACAGUGACCAGUUUGAGAGUGCAAAGGAAAGUUUGGACUACUUUGGGGAGAGGAGAACUGACAGAAGCACAAGUACCAAAUUUCAAGGAGUUGAAACUCCAUCCCAGAGUAGGUAUGUUGGGUAUUAUGAGAUCCUGAAAAACAAGUAUAACUUCAAACUCCCACCAGAGAGACAACUCAAAAUAAAAAACCUCAAAAUCUACUCUAUACAUGGAGUUGGGAAAGGCAACGGAACUGACUUGAAGGUGCAGGUAAUAAUGAGAAAGCAAGUUGUAUUAGAAUGUGUCUGUGCAACACAAGGAAACUGCAAGCUCUUCUUUGACGCUGACAGUGACUCUGUAGUCAUUGGCUUGGAAGACAGCCCUGUGAUAAGCGGGGAUGUGAAAGUCAGAUUCGAAUCCCAUUCUGAUCUUCCAAAAGGCUAUGACAACUGCCCGUUCUUCUUCUGGUUCAACACUUCCUUUAUUGAAAAUAACAGGCUCUACCUCCCCAGGAAUGAGCUGGAUAAUCCUCACAAGUCUAAAACGUGGAAAGUUUACAGCGAGAAGUUUGCUGUAGAGGUGAACUUCACCGAACCAUAAGGCUGAAAGAAGGAAAACACUUCAACUCGCCUCUCUUCCUGAAGACUGUUCUGCUGCUUCGGUAUAGCGAAGUGGUCUGCCUGUGCUGUACUUAACGUAUUUCUAUGUAGAUACAACUUUCUCAAAUAAACUGACCUGAGGUUCUGUUGUGCAGAGCAAUAA